AUUAUGAGUAAAAAUUCAAGGUUUUCAUUUCCAAAAGCUCCUCGAUUCCCAUCACUUCGUUAAGUAAAUGAUAUUCCAUUUUAUAACAUUCCAUCCACAAUCAAAAAACGUUCUAUUAGUCUUGGAGAGAGAUUACCAAUCAAAAAUAUAUCCAAUACACCUUCUCCUCAACAUUAUGCACUUUAAGAUACAAAAUCUUAAAUGAAAAAAACAUUCGGGAUAGGCAGAGACGUAACUUAUAUUCUAAUUUAGAGAAUGUAUCAACCAAUGAAAUCAUAAAGUCAAACACCAGGCCCAUAGGUUUAUAAACUUCCAAAUACUCUUAAAAAAAUAAGUUAUUCUAUACGUCCUCGUUUGAAAUUAUAGACUGAAUCUUCAAUUACUCCAGGUCCAGGAACAUAUCAUAUUGAUGUUAAUAGAUUAAAAACAAUCUUUUGA